GAAUCAUGGCAGGACAGGCAUUUAGAAAGUUUCUUCCUCUCUUUGAUCGAGUAUUGGUGGAAAGGAGUGCCGCUGAAACUGUAACUAAAGGAGGCAUUCUGCUUCCAGAAAAAUCUCAAGGAAAAGUCCUGCAAGCAACAGUAGUAGCUGUUGGAUGCGGAUCUAAAGGAAAGGGUGGAGAGAUUCAACCAGUUAGCAUGAAAGUUGGAGAUAAAGUUCUUCUUCCAGAAUAUGGAGGCACCAAAGUAGUUCUAGAUGACAAGGACUAUUUCUUAUUUAGAGAUGGUGACAUUCUUGGGAAGUAUGUAGACUGA